GCAAAAUAAACUUUGCGACAUAGCUAGGAUAUGACUUUAAACCACUUAUCGUUAUACGUUCCGAUAUAGUUGGAAUCUGCGUGGAGCAUUAUGUCGGGCGACAAUAACGUUUACAUAUUAACGAAAAGAACCUGAAAAUGGAAUGGGCUAAGUAGCAAAUCAUUUUUGCAAGACAAAAUUCAGCAAUGGGAAACAGGAUACCUACAAUAUAUGCACCAACACUCCAAGGAGAACCUCCAAAAACAACAUUAUUCAGGCAAGAGCCAAAUGGCACAACUUAUAGAAUCCCAUCUUUAGUCUACAUCAGUGAAUGUCAUACUUUCCUUGCCUUUGCUGAGAAACGGCGCACACCACGGGACUGUGAUGCAAAGAUCUUAGUCAUGAGGCGAGGAACACAGCAGAAUGGAUCUAUCCAGUGGUCACCUUCUCAGGAGCUCACCACAGCGUGCUUACCGGAACAUCGUACCAUGAACCCAUGUCCAGUCUAUGAGAGGGAAUCUAAAACCCUCUUUCUGUUCUUUAUCUGUGUGUUUGGUAACAUCACUGAGGGUCACCAGAUUUCUACAGGUAAGAACAAGGCACGUUUGUGUUAUGUCACAAGCAAAGACGGUGGGCAGAGUUGGAGCAACUUAACAGAUUUGACAAAAAAUGUGAUUGGACAUGAGAUUUGCAAAUUGGCCACAUUUGCUGUUGGACCUGGACAUGGCAUUCAGAUGAAGAGUGGAAGACUUAUUAUUCCUGCCUAUGUAUAUUACAUUCAUUAUAGAUUGUUACUAUUUCAUUGUCCUCUGAUUGUUAGACCCCAUGCUUUAGCAUUCUAUAGUGAUGACUGUGGGAUCACAUGGCAAAUGGGGGAACAAAUACAUAUUAAGUCAUGUGAAUGUGAAAUGGAGGAGAUCAUUGAUCAAGAGAACAGAAGUUAUCUGUAUUGCAACGCACGAAGCACACAAGGUCGUAGAGUUGAGUCUUGGAGUGAGAGUGGUGGAACAGCUUUUGACAGACCUCACUUUGCACAGAUGCUAGUAGAGCCCUGUCAUGGCUGCCAGGGCAGUGUGUUGAGCUUUGCUACACCUCAGCAAUCCAAUGAGGAAAAAAAUGGUUUAACAUCAAAUACAAGGACUUGGCUACUCUAUUCCCAUCCAACCAAUAGAAGGACAAGAAAGGACCUAGGAAUUUAUCUGAAUAAGUCUCCACUAUGCAGCACUGGGUGGCGCAAACCAUGGAUCAUCCAUCAUGGCCCUAGUGGGUACUCUGACUUGACUCAGUGUGAGGGGAAUGAACACUUUGCUUGCUUAAUGGAAUGUGGAAAGAGUAGUGAGACUGAAGAAAUAGCCUUUGUGGAAUUUCUUCUUUGUGACCUCAUGAACAGUCAAUGAGAAUAAAAAAAGACAUUACAGAAAAGUCAUAAUACAACAAAAAGAUGAACUUGUAUGGAUUACUCAGGUUUGAGAGAUCAGACCUAAUCAUACCUAAUCAAAGUUGGAGAAUUUUGUGACUGGCUCUGGCAGGGCUGGUCUGAGCCUGGGCAACUUAGCAUUGUUUAUUUAUCAGUAUGUUACUCACUACUGCAAUAUGUGAAAUGAAGUAAGAUGUAGUGUACAAGAGAAUUGUCACAGAUCCAGCAAUAAAAAUAUCACCAUAAGAUGACACUAACGAUUAGGAGUUCAUACAUAAAUGCUAUUAAGAUAAAACCAUUUUUCUCUGUAUGUCUUUGUCUGGAUUCCGCUUUAAUGUACAUAAUGUUAUUAAUAUUAAACAGAUUGAAACCUGUCCAUAAAUAUAUUUUUAAAUUUAAUUAAUUUUAAUGUUUAACCCUCAUGUUAAAUUUUCAUGAGGUUUUCCAUUAUUUUGUACACCCCAUAUGUACCUCCAUAAAGACUGUUCCUAGCAUGCA